CACCGUCGCUCACUCACUACAUUCUUUGUCAUUUCCUUCUCACUACCACCACAAUGGUCGCGCUCUCUAACAUUCUCCUCGCUCUUUCGGCCGCUUCGGGCGCCCUGGCGGCCCCGAACCGUCUGGCUCUCAUGGAAAUGGCCAAGCGCAGCCUGACCUCCUCCAGCGAGGGUACCAGCAACGGCUUCUUCUACUCCUUCUGGACCAAUGACGAAGGCUCGGUCACCUACACCAACGGCGACGCCGGCGAAUACUCUGUGGAAUGGAGCGACGCUGGUAACUUUGUUGCCGGCAAGGGCUGGAGCACCGGCAGCGACCGUGAGAUCACCUACUCCGGUACCUGGACCCCCGUCGACAACGGCAACAGCUACCUCUCCGUCUACGGCUGGACCACGAGCCCCUUGGUCGAGUAUUACAUCGUCGAGCACUACGGCGACUACAACCCCUCCAGCGGAUUGACCGAGCUGGGCACCGUGACCAGCGACGGCAGCACCUACAAGAUCUACGAAUCGACCCGUACCGAUGCCGCCUCCGUUGAGGGCACCAGCACCUUCAAGCAGUACUGGUCCAUCCGCGAUGACGCUCGCGUCGGCGGCACCGUCACCACCAAGAACCACUUCGAUGCCUGGGAGAGCUUGGGUCUGGAACUCGGCACCUUCAACUACCAGAUCGUUGCCGUUGAGGGCUACGAGAGCAGCGGAUCUGCCGCCAUCACCGUUGACAGCGCCACCCACACCACCGUCACCACCCAGAAGAGUGUUGCUACCACUGCUGCUGAGGAGGAUGAGGAGGACUGCUAA